AUGCAGUACACACCUGUGUCCCAACUACGACAUCGACAGCAGCAACGGACCAACUCAUGGCCACGUAAUCAGGAGCUGCAGGGCUUUGCUGCCCAUAGCUUAUCAUACGUGGCAGAGGCUCCUCGAGAGGAGUCUGCACCUUCCGUCCACCGUCCAGUGGUGACAGCGACGUAUGAAUUAGACGAGCUUCCUGAGAGAUCUAACCAGGGCAAGGGCAAGGGCAAGGAUAUGCUUAGCCAAGCCGAAGAAGGUCGAGCAGGAGCCGGCCAAGAUGCAGCCGAGGAUGCUGAAGAGGACAAAGGGCCAAAGCCCUUUUGCUCGAUACGCGGCCGUUUCGUUAUAGCCCCCUUUCCGGGCUGGAAAAACUGGUUCAGCAGGAGAGGCGAUGACGCUUGA